UUGAACCCAUAAUGUCUAAAAAAUUUAUAGUAAAUCUUUGUUUGACUGAUCUGCAGCAAAGUGGGAAGGGAAGUAAACUGUACCAUGCUCUUUGCCACUCCAUUCCUGAAUCAGUAGAUUAUAUCCAGUCUGAAAUACUUGAGGAUAUCCUGGAACAUUUAUUGGAGUUCCCUACUACAAAUGUGAAUAUUUUCAAAUAAUUUAUCGGUGAUUUUGGUAAAUAUUCAUGAAAUUAUGGCAUUUUGACCAAAGAUUUUAGUGCUAGCAAUCAAGCUCUAUAGGCCACUUUAUCUGGAUUUUAAGGAUCUGAUCCACAAGUUUGAGAUUGAACUUAUUUAAAGCAUUAUGCAGUACAAAUAACAAGGUAAUGGAGACUUUUCAAGUGGUUGAUUUUGAAAAAUUAAGCAAAACUUGUUAUUUUAAGGUCGAGCAACUACCCGUGAUGGUUCUCAAAUACAUCCUCCUGAGUGACAAUCGUGAGUUGCAGCUGGUUGCUUUAAAGACAUUGAGAAAAAUCUGCGAACAACGUGAUAUUAAGAACAAGUAUAUAAAGCCGUGAUUUAAGAAAAUUCCUAAACUAUUUUCUCUUUUUACCGAGUACAUUAAUUUCGACGGAGUCAACGAAAGCACUAUUAUACAGGAUAUCCCAGAGGAAGAGAUUGAAAUUCACCAAAUCUACGAAUCAAUCGAUAGUGUGUUCAUCUCUGAUCAAGCUCUGAUUGAGCUUCUGAGUAACCAUUCUGACCUAUUUGAAGACCUGAUAGACAUAAAGAAUGCGAAAUCCUCAUUCGGACAAAUAAUUACAAAUAAGUCUUCUAAUUUAGACAACAUCACGAAGGUGACAAAUAUCAUUGAAAUGAAAAUGCAGGAGAGCCAUCUCAAAAGUUUUGAGAAGAGAUCGAAGACAAGAGCCAAGGAUUUGGAAGCUCAACAUCAAAUUCAAAAGCAAACUCUUACUUAUGUAGAACAGGUUGAGAAUAAGUACGAAGAGGUUUUUAGAGACGCUAUGGUGGAGUUUGCAGAUCUGUUAGAAUAA